AUGGUAUUUGAUGCUAGUAAAGUUAACAUUGGAUGCAGCAAGGCUUUUAGUUUCGUAAUGGAAAUGGUUGGUGGUUAUAGUAAUGUAGGUGCAACGUUACGUGAUUUUAGAAACUUUUACCGGGACUUGAAAGGAUAUGUUGGUGAAAGGGAUGUACAGAUGAUCAUAGACAAUUUCAAGGUUAUGCAGAAGACUUCGAAAGCUUUUUAUUUCGCUUAUAAGUUGGAUGAAGAUGGACAUUUAUCCAAGCUUUUUUUGGUUGAUGCCACUGGUAGAAGGAAUUUUGAAAUAUUUGGUGAUGCAGUUUCUUUUGAUGCGACAUUUGAUACGAACAAGUAUAUGAUAAGUGAUUUCACCGAACAGUAUAAUAUGAUAUAUGCGCCGCUCACCGGUGUUGAUAAACAUGACCGAUGUGUAACAUUUGCUGCUUAUCUUUUAGCAAAGGAGGAUGUUACUCAUUUUAGCUGGGCUUUUAGACAUUUUGUGAAGUCAAUGGGAAGCAAUCUAGUUGUUUUGAUUACUGACCAGUGUCCGGCAAUGAAAAUAGCUAUCCCUGGUUGUUUUUCUUCUGAAAAUGGAUUAGUUGCUAGCAAGCAUCGUUUAUGUAUGUGGCAUAUUAUGCAAAAAUUCCCAAUUAAGCUUGGUAACCGUUUAUGCAAGGAGACUGACUUUAUGGAGAAAAUGAAGGCUUAUUUUUGGUCAUCAAAUCUAGAGAUUGAGGAAUUUGAAAAUGGCUGGGAAUCUGUUAUUAAAGAGUUUAAUCUUGAAGAAAACAAGGGGCAGCGGAAUAAAACAAAGACACUAGAUCAUGAGUCGAAUGCAACGACUCCUUCCAAACUGUCCAGAUGGUUUACUGAAAAUGAUGCUGCUGAAAUAUUUACGCGUGAAAUUUUCUUUAAGUUGCAAGAAGAAAUUUUGUCUUCCUGUUUGGAAAUGCAAAUUAAGAAGAUGAGUGAAGAAGAAAAUGGAGUAACUAAUCUUGAAAUUAGAGAUGUUAAAGUCAAGGAUAAAAUUUUGAAGGUUUCUGUGAGUAAAUCUCAUGUCGUAUGCUCAUGUAAGAAAUUUGUUAUGUGUGGAAUAGUGUGUAGGCAUGCCUUUUGUGGUUUGAAACAAAUAGGUGUUACAAAAUUUCCUAGAAGCCUUGUGUUAAAUAGAUGGAUGAAAAUUGCUGAUUGUGGCAGUGGAUUAGAUGUUGAUUUGGUGUCUACUGAUAUUUUUAAGAUGGAGAAGGUGUCCUUGAAGUUGACAAAUAUAUGGUAUGAUUUUCGUCAAACGGUUAACAAUGCUGGAGUUGAUUUGGAUAAACUUGAAUAUGUGCACAAAGUUAUAAAGGAUAUUAAUGUUGAUCUUGAGAAGUAUGAUGGUGAUUCUGUUGAAUUUAUUAAGAGGGAUCAUAUUGUAGCUAUGGUUGGUGAACAGCCUGUUGGAGAAUUAACUGUCCUUGUCACAAAUAUUUUGAAGAACAAAGGAAAUCAUUUAAAAAGAUUGAUCAGUGAUCGGGAGAAAACUGUGAAUAAAUCAAAGAAAAGGAUUAGAAGAUGCAAGGAAUGUUCUACCAGAUAUCAUGAUUCUCGAACUUGUCCGAAGAAGAAAGGAGGAGUGGAAACAAAUAAUGCUCCAGUUUAG